CCCACAGUCCAAAGGCAUGCAAGUGAGUAGUAGUAUUGAGUGUUGGACGCAGGAUUCACUCAUUCACUCACGUGGAAAUGAAUUAUUACUUUAUUUGAAAGCAGUUCUGUGGUUGAAGUCAAUUCUCUGUAAAUGGAGGUCGCGGAAUCUAACUGCAUGGAACGGCUGGUGAAGGAGAUAAAUGUGCUUCUAAAGCUGCUGGAACGUGAAAAUGUGAGCUCAGCCACCACAGAGAAGAUGAAUGUGAUCAAGAACCUACUGGAACAAAUAGAUCCAUCAGCGUAUGUUGACAGAAGAUAUGGAAGUGACUUCAUAUACAUGAACACUUCCCUGUAUGGAAAUGGUACCAGUUUUGUAGAAUCACUGUUUGAAGAAUUUGACUGUGACCUGAAAGAUCUAAGAGAUUCAACUGAAGAUCUAAAAAACCUGGAGGAAGAAGAAUCAUCAAAGCACUUACUCACCAAAUCAAGCCCCACAGAUACUCCUCCUCUGCUCCCCAUCACACCUAUUCCUGAAGAUUACUAUGAGGAAGCUGUUCCACUGGAACCUGACACUACACCCCAGUACAUCACCACCCACAGUAACUCAAGCCCACCAAAGUCAGUUGAGGAUGCUUAUUAUGAAGAUGCAGACAAGAACUACCCCAUAACUCGAAUCAAUGGACCAACCAACAAUGACUCAGAUGCCCUGAGUAGUUCUUAUGAGUCGUAUGACGAAGAGGAUGAUGAGACAAAAAGCAAAGAGAUGGCAAAUCCAUGGCCCUCAGAAGAAAGUCCAGUGGGCCUGAUAAAGGACUGCCGUAAAUGUGCUUUCCUACUGCGCAAGAAACGGUUUGGUCAGUGGGCCAAACAGUUAACCAUAAUCCAGGACAACAGACUACAGUGUUUUAAGAACCCAAAGGACAGAACUCCUCACACGGAUCUGCCGCUGAAUCUGUGCAACGUUAUCUAUGUGUGUAAAGAUGGGCGACGUAAGAAGCAUGAGCUCAGAUUCUCCAUGCCUGGAGGAGAGUCUCUGGUGCUGGCUGUACAGAGCAAAGAACAAGCUGAGAGCUGGCUUAAGGCCAUUCAGGAGGCCAGUACAUUAACAAACAGCUCCAGUGGACUGCAGAGUUCCUGUUCUCCCAUGGUUCCACGAAAGUCUGAUCUGGACGCAAGUAAGACAACGUCUACUGAUAAACUUACCUCAGAUUCGGACAGCGUUGCCAAUGGGGACUGUACUCGGGAAAGUGGUGAAUUUGGGAAAGGCAAGAAGGGGCCGUUCUCAGAUCUAACUGGCUCUAUGAGUCGUGCUGCUGGUCGAAAAAUCAACCGCAUCAUAAGUUUUUCCAAAAAGAAACCUCCUCUGCCUGGAGACACCAGCGCCCUCUCUAACACUGAUGAUAACCCACGCUGUGGUUAUCUGAAUGUUUUGGUGAACCAGUGCUGGAAAGAGCGCUGGUGUUGUGUGAGGAGUGGAGCUUUGUAUUUUCAUAAGGACAGAGGUGAUGUGCACACUCAUGUCAAUGUUCUGGCCCUUAAUGGAGUUGAUGUUUUACCUGGUUUGGGGCCCAAGCACCCCUUUGCCUUCCGUAUCAUGCGAGAUGGCACUGAAGUCAUAGCUCUGGAGGCUAGCUGUUCUGAAGAAAUGGGUCGAUGGCUUGGUGUACUUUUAGCAGAAGCAGGCUGCACUACUACCCCAGAGGCCUUGCACUAUGACUAUGUUGAUGUAGACAUGAUUAGCAGCAUCAGAAAUGCAGCUCGGCACUCAUUCCUUUGGGCUACAUCCUCCAGUAGUGCCUCCACAGACUCACGCACCUAUGAUGAGGUUCCUUAUGAGAGUAUACAGGUAGAGGAGACUCCGAAAUCAGGAAACAAAGUGAAGCGUCAUUCUUCUCUGUCCAGCGCUGACAAUGUAAAGGUUAACUCUGAAAUUACUGUGAAGAGACACGGUUCCUCGGUGAAUCAGUAUGGUAAAUAUGGGAAGACGAGAGCAGAAGAAGAUGCACGUCGAUAUUUAAAUGAGAAAGAGAAGUUAGAAAAGGAAAAGGAAGAGAUCAGAAAAGCUCUGGUUUCUUUACGUAAAAAGAAGAGAGAGGUGAAAGAGCAGCUGAAGGGAGCCACGGGUAAACAGCAGAAGGAUUUGGAAACACAUCUAACAGAGCUUGAUGAGAGCUGCAGAAGGAAGGAAGAUAACCGAGUCGAGCUAGAGCUUCAGCUCACUGAGGUGAAGGAGAAGCUGAAGAAGUCUCUGGCUACUGGUGAGCUAGGAGCUCCUGCUGACAACAAACCUGCCAACAAGAUUCAAAUCAGGAAAACUGAGAAUGCUUAUAGUGAAGCCUCCAUUCCAGUGAACUGUACCUCUGAGAUGCGUAAACGUCCUCCCUCGAUUUGUGCAUCUACUAAAGGAAGCGUUAUGCAGAAAGCCAAGGAAUGGGAGACAAAGAAGGGGACUUAAAAUAAAAAACUGAAGAGACUGUUUGAUGAUCUACUGUUUUGCACAUCCAUGCUAUACUGUGUUUGAAGAGAAUUCAGACGUGACCCUGAGUGGUAGUAAACACACUGUGUAAAGAGCACUGAGAUGAGUCAUUGGGACACAGAGGAGCCGGUAUUGAUGUGUUAAGCUUAUGUACACAUACUCUCUGGGGUGAUUUUUGAAACAGUUUUGGUGUUUUUGGCUGUAUAUACUAGGAUGUACUAUAGGAGGAAACAUACAUGAUUGAAAAGCGGUUUAAAAUUUACAAGAAAUUUCAGGAAAUAUAAUUAUGAUAUUCACAAUUUUGAUACGUCUAUAGUUCACGUGGCAUUUCCACAUCCAGUCAGUGGCUGCCUGCCUUGUUUGUACAUUCACUAGUCCUUUUAUAAUGUAUAACUAACAUGUACAAUAGGUGCACAUUGUAUAAAUGUACUGGUUUUAACCUGUUAGGUGCUACACACAGUUUGUCAGCCCCUUUACUCUGUUUGUUAUAAGAUAAGAUCCAUCUUAAGACCACCACUGACCAGAUAUGAUUUGGACGAUAGAUCAUUCUCAGAACAGUGAUGACCAUGAUAUUUACUGUACAUGUUAGUGUGUAUGUUUCUGAGUGCACAAGAUACAGAAGUGGUGGUUGGUUUUUAAACACUGUGCACAGUUACUGACCACUUAGUAUUUAAACACUGCCAUGUUAGUUUCAAUGCUGCACUGAGAAUUACAAAUGGAUACGUGUAGAUAAAUGUGUGUCAUGACAGUCUUGGAAUUCUGUGAAAUUAUGUUUUAUGCAAUGUUCUUUAAAUGU